AUGAUGAUAGGUAGUAGUAGUAUAUAUUCAUCAUCAUCAUCAAGAGGUGGUGGAGAGAUGGACAUGAUGAAUAUGAAACCUGCAUGGCUAGAGAGGUUGAUGGAUGAAACAUUCUUUGGAGAUUGUGGGGUCCACAAAAAUCGAAGGAAGAACGAGAAGAACAUUUUUUGCUUACACUGUUGUCUUAGCAUCUGCCCCCACUGCUUAUCUUCUCAUACCACUCAUCCUCUUCUCCAGGUGAGAAGGUAUGUUUACCACAAUGUAAUUCGAUUGGAUGAUCUGGAAAAGCUCAUAGAUUGUUCCAAUAUUCAGCCCUAUACUAUUAACAGUGCGAAAGUGAUAUUUUUAAACCAGAGGCCACAAUCAAGGUCAUGCAAAGUUACAGCCAAUGCUUGCUUCACUUGUGACAGAAUUCUUCAGGAUCCAUUCCAUUUCUGUUCUCUCUCAUGCAAGGUAGAACACAUGGUGUACGAGGGUCAAAGUUUGUCGAAUAUUUUACAUCGAUUUGAUGAGUCUGAUUUUGCAAUAUCGCAAUUCGAGGGACUAAGAGUUGAUGGAUCUGAGGUAAUUGAUGAAGAUAACCACCAAAUUGGGCCAAGUUCUUCAAAUUACUCCAUCAUCAAUGAAGAUCAGGCCACCAGCAACAAUAGAUUCCUCCCUCUCCCUGCCAUUGUCCUCUCUCUUGGUAGCAGAAGAAAAGGUGCUCCUCAAAGGGCCCCACUCUCCUAA